AUGGCGUCGUCGCUCUUCCCACAAUUUGGCAACGUGUUUGCGCCGAGCUCCGCCGGCAGGAAUGAAUUGGUGUCAUUUAAUGCUGGCAAAAUGACAGCCAAACCCACUGCUAACGGCAAGUUCGUCGUGACGCCACAGUUGGAGAAAGGAAAAGUGUGUCUUUCGCGCGGGGAUGAUCAACUACUACACUUUCAAUGGGUGGAUCGCCAGACGGGUGCAAGUCCUGAAGAUUUCAUCAUCUUUCCAGACGAUGCGCAUUUUGCCAAGGUGGAAACGGGCCGCCCCGACGACCGUGUUUAUAUCUUGCAGUACAAGAACUCGUCCCGUCGAUUUUUCUUUUGGAUGCAGAACAAGGACGCGUCGCGUGAUCAAGAGCUUGUUAAGAAGGUGAACGACUGCAUGAAUAAUGCUCAGGCAGCUACCAGCAAUGAAGGUGGCCGCGGAUCUGGUAACAACGUGCAACUGGACCACAACGCCAUUAUGCAAAUGCUGGGUGCCAUGGGAGCUGGUGAUGGCCGUGCUGGCGUCGGGGGCAGUGGCCAAGCUGUGCAAAUGUCCGAAUUGCAGAACAUUUUGCAAAACAUGGGGCUACCUGCAGGUGCUCAGUCAGUAGCCUCGUCACCCGCAACAUCCGCUGUUUCAUCGUCCCAAGCGUCACAGAACGGAGGUGGCAGCUCGGCAGCUGCAACCACUGCGUCGACGCAGCAUGAACAUGAUGUCGCAAGCAUGGAAGUAGAUGAAAUGGAUGAAGACGAGUUACUGCGUCUAGCAAUCGAGGAAAGUAUGCGCGAUGGAGGCAGUACGAACGCCAGUGGAGGCAACGCUGGAGCAGAUCCUGCAAAUUCGUCCGCUACACACUCGACAUCUUCCACACCUGCGCCUUAUGCUGCUACUGCGGCACCCACAUCAACGAAUCAUGGAGCGGGAACUCUUACGACUGCUGAUCUCCAGCGAGCUAUGUCUUCUUUCCAGCAAUUUGCGCAACGAAAAGUGGUGUCAAUGACUAAGCUUCUCAGUGCUGACAAUUUAAGCAUGGUUCUAGAUGAUGCAGAUUGCGUUCGAGCACUUCUUCCGCACUUGCCUGAAGGCUCUCAGACUCCUGAUGAGCUUCGUGCUACACUGCGAUCACCCCAGUUUCGUCAAAGCAUUGGAUCCCUUGCUAGUGCUUUGCAGACAGGCAGCUUCAACACUGUUAUGGCUAGUUUUGGAUUGAAUUGUUCAGCAGGUGCUGACAAGCUCGCAGCAGGCGACGGUGUUGGUGUUCUCUUGGCUGCGAUCCAAGCGUGGGCAGAUCUACGAGAUGCCUCCAUCAAAACACCCGUUGACCGAAGCAAUACUAGUGAACAGAGAUGA